CUCGCCACCGCUCCCAGUAUCCAGCCAAAGCCAAACUCACGCGCGCCACUGCACGACGCAGGAAAAGUAUCGCCGCGCGCUCUUCCCGGCCGCCUCGCUCGCACACCAGAGGCCAUGUCAGGCGGCGUCGGCCCGACGGCGGGGGGCGGCAUCACGCUGCCGUCCAUGGGCGCGCCCCCGCCGCCGCUGCACCCGACGCCCACCUCCCCGACGGCGCGGCCGCACCACCACUACUACCUCUUCUCCAUCAAGCAGCUCAACACGCUGGGCGCGGCCGCCGUGCUCGCCUUCUCCACCACGGUCCCGCUCUCGGAGAUCGCCUUCGCGGUGCUCCUCCUCCCCUACCUCCUCGUCCUCGCCUGGGUCGCCUUCCCGCAGCGCCCCGGCAAGCCCAACCCGGCCGCGCCCGUCUUCCCGGGCCUCGGCGGGCGGCUCCGCCUCGCCGUGCACACCGCGGUGGGGUUCAUCGUCGGCGCCGCGCUCCCGGCGCUCUACAUCCUGGACGGGCUCCGGGCCGGGGACACGGCCGGCGUCGCCGCCGCGGCCCCGCACGCGUUCCUCCUCUCCGCGCAGGUCUUCACCGAGGGCAUCGCUGCGGCGUGGCCGGGCACGUUCUCGCUCCCCGUCAGGGCCGCGGUGCCCGUGAUGUACAGCGCGCGCAGGAUGUUCGCGGCGUCCGAGUGGCUGCGGGAGGAGAUGCAGGAGCGCGACGAGCUCGGGCGUGGCCCGCCCGUGGCGCCGCGGCGGGUGGCGGCCGGCAGGGCGAUCGCGGCCGCCAACCUGGCGUUCUGGGGGUUCAACCUGUUCGCCUUCCUGCUGCCGUUCUACCUGCCCAAGGCGCUCCGGAGGUACUACCUCGGCACCGACCAUGAGGACGAUGGUGACCAUCGCUCGAGCGCGGCGGAGCAACAGCAGAAGCAGCUGCAGGAGGGUGAAGGGAAGAAGGAUUCGUAGAUCAGGAUUAGCUGGAGAUGUGCAUGUCACCUCUGUGUGUGUGUGUGUGCCUUCAUCAUCAUCGACGCUAGUUAUUUUGUUUCAUUCCCCCAAAAAAGGUUCUUUGUUUUCUUUUUU